AUGUAUUCUUCUUAUAAUGCCCAACAUAACUCUUCCUCUGGGUACUUUCAAGAUACCGGGCAGAAUAUGAACAACUAUUUACAAGCAAUAUCUGUUGCCGACCAUGAUGUCCUCUAUCAGGCCCGUAAUAUUGCAUACAUGUCACUUGAUAGAAAAUGCAUACAGCUUGAGGCUGAAUUAGCAGCGGAAAAGAGAUUGAAUGAACGAUUACUAUCUCAAAUUUCAAAUGCUCAAGUUCUGCCUGUAGCGAGCGUGAACACAUCCAGUGCGAACUCACAGGCUGUCAUCAGUUCCCUCGAAACACCUCCUUCGAUUCCCUUCUUUGAACAUGAUGAUCACCCCAAGGCGAAUCGAGGCAUCAAAGUUCCGACUCUGGAUCUACUCACUGAUGGACAAGGAGUCAAGCUCAACACGCAGGCAUUGAAAUCUAUCUCCCAGACAUUCAUGGCAGCUAUGAAUCAAAUCCACCACCAUCGUCUUGCCCCUCCGAAUUCCACCAAUCUCGCUGUCGAAUCUAGGCGUUAUCUUACAAAUACUUUGCUCAGUGCUCAUGAAGAAUUCCGAUAUGCGGAAGAUGCCUGGAAAGUACGGCGUUACAUUAUUCACAAAUAUCCGGACUGGAAUGCAAAGGACAAGACAAGGCUGACUCGUGCAAAUCCAUCGAUUGACAACGCAAGUAAACGGAAGGGAUUUGAAAUUUCAAGGAUAGAACGGAGUAAGAAACGGAAGAAGACAGCGCCUCCACCAGGAACGACCUUUAUCAAUCUUGACAGUGAUGACUUGUCUUCGUCGUCUACCACUACCAUCAACGCAUCAAGCAACAGCUCGCCUCCACCCUCUACCACUACUGUCAACGCACCAAGCAACAGCUCGCCUCCACUGUCUACCACUACCAACACUCCGGAUGAGUGUCCACCUUCGUCGUCUUCCACUACUGUCAACGCACCAAGCAAUGGCUCGCCUCUGCCAUCUACCACUACCAACACUCCGGAUGAAUGUCCACUUUCAUCGUCUACCACUACCAUCAACGCACCAAGCAACGGCUCGCCUCCACUGUCUACCACUACAGUCAACACUUCCAUUAACGGCGCCGUUUCAGCUAUUUCCUCCCCAGUCACCGUAACUCCACAUGAGACAGCUGUUGUCUCCACGCAGAUUCGUGAUACCCGACGACGCGGUAAUCCCUUAACCGGACUGAAUAUUCCAUCAACAAUUGCUCCUCUGCAUUCCGACCCGAGCUUGUCAACUCCCGCGUCGGCGUCGGCACCUCCCAUGACUGGUAUACAACAGAAGUUGGCAUCAGUGUCAACAACAACGUUUAGCGCAAGGAACAUGUUUCUCGAAACGUACUUAGCGGAUCCAUCAAACCCACGUCUAUCCACCAAUGAAUUCAAGCUCCUGUGGGACAAGAAGAAGAACGAUAAGGAACUUGUUAAGAAAUACACAGACAUUGGAAAGCAACGCAAGGCGGCCAGCGGAACCCGUACCAAGGAACCGACGGAUGGUUAA